ACACGGGAUGACAACUUGGAGAGUUACAACCGACUAGUCUCCGUGUCGGUAAGGAGGGAAUUGUAGAUGCGUUUAAAGGAGGACAAGAAGAGUCUUGGAUGACCUUUAGUGUCGGGGCUGAUCCAGUUUACACCUCACUUUAUUCCCAUCGCUCCACCAAGUCAGAAAAGAGGAUUCGCAGGGCAGCGGGAUAAGACGACUUCCACACCUCCCUCACCUGAAGUGUCCCUUACCGUCCUCGGCCAGCGCGUGGAGACUGAAGGAAAACCCGCUCGACAGACUUGAAGAGCUUCAUUUGCCUGAGGCGCAGCGCUCAUAUAAGCCGGGUGAAGGACAGUAACAACGGAGAAGUGGCUGCACCAACCAUGGGAGUCUCCACCACUACUUCGAGGAAACUUCCUCUGCUCUGCUUUACCUUUCUGUGCGGGCUCUCAGGUAUAUGGGCCAAAAUUGUUGCGCCCCAAUCCAAAAUAGAAGCGAUUAAGGGUCAGUACGUGGAGCUGAGGGCUUCGUACACCGGCAGCGACCCCAACACCAACACCAUCAUCUGGAACUUUGGUGUUGGCAGCACCCAGCUGGAACAGGUCAUCAGCUACAGCACAAAUGUCGUGAAUGAGGUUAGCGAACGGUUUAAGGGCCGCGUUGGUUUCCUCAAUAAAAUGCCCUCACAGGAUGUGUCGAUCUACAUCAACAACACCCAGGAGUCAGAUUCAGGGAGCUUUGCCUGCCAGGUUAUAAAUCCUGGUCUUAUUGCUCUGUUUACGCUGGAUGUGAAGGUCCCUCCUUCUACUCCAAAGUGCUUUCUGUCAGGGAAGCCGGUGCCGAAAGGAAACGUCACUCUGAACUGCGUGUCCAGCUCUGGGAAACCCGUCCCUGUGUACAAGUGGAAGAAAACCAGCCCCACCUCUGAGGUCUUCUUCUCGCCCAUGCUCAAUGAGAAAACUGGCAUCCUGAAGCUGAACAACCUGAGCAGCAACAUGUCGGGGAUAUAUGAGUGCACAGCCAACAACUCGGCGGGGUUCCAGACCUGCGUCAUCGCCCUGGAGAUUGCCACCUCCAGUAAAGCGGGGGUGAUUGUUGGUGCCACCAUUGGCUCAGUGGCCGCCUUCAUCUUCCUCCUGCUUUUGUGCCUCGCUUUUGUCUUCAUGAAGAGGAGGAGAGACAACGAGGAUGACAUGGCCAAUGAAAUCAAGGAGGAUGCUCAGGCUCCCAAGCGUGUGUCAUGGGCUAAGAGUGGCAUGGGCUCUGACAUCAUCUCCAAGAAUGGCACCCUGUCCUCCAUCGCCUCCAGCCCCCACCACAAAGAGCCCUCCCACCAGCACAGCAACCACCACCACCACCACCUGCAGCAGUACCCGCAGCGCCCCCCCUCUGACACUGCAUCCAUCAUCACCCCCACAGGCAGCACUGCCGGCUACAGGCCGUCCCGCCACCAGGGGGCCUCCACCCCCACUCAUUACAGCUACAACAACAACACCACCCUGCCACGCGAACAGCCACUGUUGUCUGAUGGCGGCAGCAAUGGCGGCUCCGUGCCCAGGCCCGAGCGCUACACCCAGCUGCCCCAGGCCCAGGCAGUGCCGCAAACAUACAGCCACCCUCAGCUGCAGCUCCAGACUGCGCCGUCCCCGCCACCGCUGCCCACCUCCACCAUCAUGGCCUCCAACAUCACCCGCAUGGGAGGCGUGCCUAUUAUGGUUCCUGCACAGAACCAAGCAGGGUCACUGGUCUAACAUUAACUAAAGGAAUACCGCCCCUUUAAAUUUUUCAAAGGGAUUUCAUUACUGUUUAGGGACAAAUUCAAUAAAUGAGAAGGUUAUUUGCUGAUGCCAACAAGCUCUCAGACACACUGUUUACUUGCUUUAAUUAUACUUAAGUCUUUUAUAUUCUGUAUGCACUGUAAACAUUUGAAAUUAUGUAUAGAUUUGAUUUUCAUACAUUUGCCCACUGUCCUCUUUUCUACUUUAUCAAUGCAUUUUUAAUGUUUUUGUUUUUUAAUAUUUCGAUUUUGAAAUGUAAUUUCUUCCAAACUCUUUUCUUCCUGCCAUUCAUGAACAGCAGCUGGAUCAUCACAGAAGGCAUUCCCAUUCCCAUUCCCAGUCUCAUGGAAAGACAGAGUGCCAGUGUGCUACACUUUACCUUCAUUUAGAGAAGCUACCUGAAGAACUCAGAGGUCAUUAUUAUUCUGAUAGGGGAAUGUUGCUCAGUAAUCGUGGGUUUACUGUAAAGAGAUCUGUGUAUUAGGUGUAUUUCAGCAGCAGAUUUAUGAAAAGAAAGAGAAAACAGCAUAAUGUGUUGUGUGUUAUGAUAAAGUUUGGCUUUGCAAAGUAUCCUAAUCCUUUUUUUAAUUCUUUUAUCUUCUGACUUCACUUCUGCGGGGUUUUCAGCUUAUAAAAUGCUUUUAGACUCAGUUCUUUAAAAACAGAUUAGCAAAAGCUUCUUAUCAUAUUGAGCUCUAUUCAGAACUGCAGUGUAGUGACUUUGCUAUUAUGCGAGUCCCCUCUUGAGUUGUAAUAAUUUAGAGUGGCCUGCAGCAUUCAUAUUGUAAAUAUGAUGUUUAUUUUGGGGGUAGAUGUGUGAUAGAUAGCAUAGCACAGCCUGUAUGGAACAUAAUGUAAAGACAUAUUUGAGACAUAUUCACCAUUUGGACUUAUUCUUCUAGACUUUGUGGCACAGAGACCCUACAGCAUCAGAGUCACAGUCCCUUCAGACCAAACGCCUGGUGACUGUGAGGAUGAAGCUCUCCUCUUUAACAGAGUGGGAGGGAGCAGGCUCAGGGAGUGGAAGCUGUCUUCCGUGGCCAGUAGGGGGGAGAGAAAACCGAAGCCAUACACAACGCACGAUAUUAGACAAAUAGCAGAGCAGCAGCAGUUAGUAGAUUUUCUAGUUAGAAGGUUGAAAGAAUAAAUUUGCAACAACCUCCAACAGAACUCUUCCACAAUUAGUUGGAUGGUGAGGAAAGCAGAGGAUUGGAAAGAGAUCAGCUAGCAGCAUCGCACCAGGCUCAGAACCAGGCUCUGCAACUGAUGCCUCCCAAAAUGUACCCCCACAUUCCCAGUGGCCAUUAGUAUAAUCAAUAGUAUGAUUAUUAAAUUCCUUGAAAAUUCACAGUAGUGGCUGUACGAUAACGUGUAGUAAAUCUGAGAAAAUCCUAUAGUUUCUGUACACAGGUAUAUCCAGUGUACUGCUCAGCAUUAGAGUCUUUCGUGUUUUAUUGACAUAAGUAUUACAAAUGCUGCUGGACUUUUGACCUUUUCACACUUUCUUCUCUCCUUCAGGCACAAAUUUGCGCCAGAAUUUUCUUUUGCUUCUAAUUUGAAAUAGAUGGUUCAAAUUUGGUUCAAACAAUAUAUUCUAUUUCUGUGAACAUGUUUUGAAUAAAAACUGCUGUGAGUGAGGAACUGGCAUGUAAAACCCACGUCAGUAAGAAUGUAUCCAAAUGGUUACAGUAAUUUUACUACACGUACACUGAAUGAUUCCAGAACUUCCUUUUGAAAGUUAGGAACUAAAAGUAUUUAUUAUAUUUUCACAUAUUGGGGCCAUGAUUUGGAAAAGAAAGGAAAAAUGUUGGUGUUCUGCUGUAUUGUCAUUACACUGGAGCAUAUGUUUGUUGUUCAGGCUUUUUGUUAAUGUGCGCAGAUAUUUUUACAUUUGAUUAUAUUAGAUUCUGAAAUGAAGCCUGAAGAUGCUGAAGGAAAAAACACAAGUUAAAAGUUUAAUGUACAAACCACAUGUGAAUAUAAGCUCGAGACCAGAGGCAAAUCGAAGGGUUUCAUGAAGAGAGAGAGAAAGAGAGGAAAUCUGGUUGAUGGGCAGGAGUGUCCUUUACAAGUGUACAUUAUGAACAUUAAAAUGUAUUCAACACAAGCCUUUAUUUUUAUAUCGUAUAUGUAUAAAAGCACAUGAGAAAAACUGAUAAAUGUUUUCUGAACUAAAGAAGUGCUCACUAUCACACUGAGUUAUAAACCAGCGUGGAUUGUAUAACUGCUGUGGACAAACUGGUGGCCAAACAUGCUUAUUUAUACAGAAGGCCUAAACUGUAGACAGUAAUAUGCAGCGUGCACUUGUGUCCUCCAUAUUUAUGUUCAUUGAACAUGCCUUGUAUUAUAUUUUCAAUUAAAAUACAAACGAUCAGUUGUGA